AUGACUGAUAAUGAGUGGAAAUUUUCGCACAAGGUUUACAAGAAUGAUCCUAUCACAUUGAAAAGUUACGUUAAUAAGACCGUUUCGAUUAAAACUAAAGAUGGUCGUAGUUACUCCGGUGUUGUUUACACAAUAGAUCCGGUAUCAGAAAGCUUUAUUUUGGCAAACCCGUCCUGCGACAAACAAAAUCUGAAGAUAAUAAUGGGACAUGCGAUUGACAAUAUGGAAGUACACACAAGGACUGAAACAAACGUACUGGAUUUAUUUUUAUCAUCUAGCGAAGAUACGCCAGAAUCUAUUAUUAUGCGGAGAAAAAAUGCUGUCAGAGAAUUACUAUUAGAAAAUCGUUUCCCUGUUACGGAAAAUGGUAAUAUCUUGAACAUUGAAGGAAUACUUUCGAUAGAGCCACCAUAUGAUGAACAACAUUGUUCGAGCACUAAUGAAAUUGUUUUAGUACGAAUACAGGAGCUGAUUUCUAGCGUUGUUGUAUGAUAUCUGAAAUUGAAAAUGCUAUGAUAAAUUGUACUUUUGACAGAACCAAUGAUCAAAAUAAUAAUUGGUCAUAUAUGGCUUUGGAUUGUAAAAAAAUUUGAAUGCCUGACUUCUUGAAAGAAGCCUCGUCUCCAACAUUAGCGUAACACUAUUACAUGUGCUCAUAAUAAUGCAUAAUUAUUAAUAACAUUUCGAGACAAAAGCAAUUGUGUGGUUUUACCAUUAAUAAAUAAGAGUAUAUACAGGGUUUAACAAAAUUGGCAAUUAUAUAUUGAAAACAAGAUUGGAUUCAUCUCGAUAAGCACAGUCACACAUCAUCAAGCUAAUUCCUGAUUGACGUCCAAUUAUUCGACAUAGUUUCUCUGAUAGAACAGCGUUCCAAAAAAAAAAUUUCGCCUUUCCCCAGUUUUGCUUAUCGAAAUGGAUUCAAUCCUGUUUUCAACAAUUGCCAAUUUUGUUACACCCUAUAUUUCUCAUUCAUUGUGAAGACAAUAUGAAUAAUCUGAAAAGUUACAAUUACAAUUACAUGCGACUAUUCAGGCUGUGAGUUAACUAAAAAUAUAACAAAAAAUAAAAUCAAAUAUGUGUAAUUAAGCAGUCCAUGUAUGUAGAAUUUCCAAUUUUUCAACUUAAUUUUUAUGUUGUGUAAGGCAAUAAUCACUGCCCCUUAUUUCUGCUCCUGUGUAAGGAAUAUAAUGUAAUUAAUUGAUAGUCCCUAAUUCGGGAUGAAAAUAAAUUGACAAUUUGCAAAUAUUACUAAGCAGUAUAACAACAUUAGUAUUUAUUCCAAUAAUUACAAUCGAAUAGUUAAAAAUCACUGAAAUUACAUUACUUCAAGGCAUUCUUAUAUAAAUAUUUUAAGAAUUUAUUAUUAUUAUACACACUCAUAUUUUCUAUGACUAUAUAAUACAGUAGUUUGCAACAUUUUAUUUUUUUUUUUCUGGAAAGAGUUGUUCGUCUUCUUUCGUUUCAUUUCUUUUACACCUUUUUUCAACCAAGGUUUCCUACUAUAUUUUAUACUUCGGAGUUUCGUCUAUUUAAAUAUUUCAUGAAUUAUAUUGUAAAUGCGUAGUUAAGUUUUAGUUUGGUACAUUCGACUGGUGUUAUGCAAGUAUG